AUUUGUACAAUUAGUUUUGUAAGAUUAUUUUUUUUUAGAUUGUUUUCCUUUUUUAUAGGACUUGUUUUUAUUAUAAAUGAUUAUAGAAUUUUUAUUGAGUGGGAAGUUGUUUCGAUGAAUUCAAUAAAUAUUGUUAUAACUUUAUUAUUUGAUUGAAUAAGUUUAAUUUUUAUAUCUUUUGUUUUAAUAAUUUCUUCAUUAGUUAUUUUUUAUAGUAAGGAAUAUAUAGAAAGUGAUUAUAAAAUUAAUCGAUUUAUUAUAUUAGUAUUAAUAUUUGUUACUUCUAUAAUAUUAUUAAUUAUUAGUCCUAAUUUAAUUAGUAUUUUAUUAGGAUGAGAUGGUUUAGGAUUAGUUUCAUAUUGUUUAGUAAUUUAUUUUCAAAAUGUUAAGUCUUAUAAUGCUGGUAUAUUAACAGCUUUAUCUAAUCGAAUUGGUGAUGUUGCUCUUUUAUUAGCUAUUGCUUGAAUAUUAAAUUAUGGGAGUUGAAAUUAUAUUUUUUAUUUAGAAGUAAUAAAAAGUAAUAUAGAAAUAAUAAUUGUAGGAGGAUUAGUUAUGUUAGCUGCAAUAACUAAAAGAGCUCAAAUUCCUUUUUCUUCUUGAUUACCAGCUGCUAUAGCAGCUCCUACGCCAGUUUCAGCUUUAGUUCAUUCUUCAACUUUGGUAACUGCUGGUGUUUAUUUAUUAAUUCGAUUUAAUAUUUUAUUAAGAAGUUCAUGAUUGGGUAAUUUAUUAUUAUUAUUAUCUGGAUUAACAAUAUUUAUAGCAGGGUUAGGAGCUAAUUAUGAAUUUGAUUUAAAGAAAAUUAUUGCUUUAUCUACUUUAAGACAAUUAGGAUUAAUAAUAAGAAUUUUAUCAAUAGGUUAUUAUAAGUUAGCAUUUUUUCAUUUAUUGACUCAUGCUUUAUUUAAGGCUUUAUUAUUUAUAUGUGCUGGGGCUAUUAUUCAUAAUAUAAAUAAUUCUCAAGAUAUUCGAUUAAUGGGAAGUUUAAGAUUAAUAAUACCAUUAACUUCUUCUUGUUUUAAUGUAGCUAAUUUAGCUUUAUGUGGUAUACCUUUUUUAGCUGGAUUUUAUUCUAAGGAUUUAAUUUUAGAAACAGUUUCUUUAUCUUAUAUUAAUAUAUUUUCUUUUUUUCUUUAUUUUUUUUCAACAGGUUUAACUGUAUGUUAUUCUUUUCGGUUAGUUUAUUAUACAAUAACUGGUGAUUCUAAUUUUUCUUCUUUAAAUAUAUUAAAUGAUGAAGGUUGAGUAAUAUUGAAAAGUAUAAUAGGUUUAUUAAUUUUAAGAAUUUUUGGUGGGAGAAUGUUAAGAUGAUUGAUUUUUCCUACUCCUAUAGUAGUUGUUCUUCCUUCUUAUUUAAAAUUAUUAACAUUAUUUGUUUGUAUUGUUGGGGGUAUUAUAGGUUAUAUAAUUUCUAAUGUUUCUUUAUUUUUUUAUAAUAAGGCUUUAAAUAAUUAUAAUUUUUCUUAUUUUUUAGGUUCUAUGUGGUUUAUACCUUAUAUUUCUACUUAUGGAAUUAUUAAUUAUUCUUUAAUUGUUGGAAAUAUAGUAGUUAAAUCAUUUGAUCAAGGUUGAUCAGAAUAUUUUGGAGGUCAACAAUUGUAUUUAAAUUUAGUUAAAAAUUCUCAAUUAAAUCAAAUAUUACAAAAUAAUAAUUUAAAGAUUUAUUUAUUAAGUUUUAUUUUUUGAAUUAUAAUUUUAUAUAUGUAUAUAAUUUGUUUAU